CGAGCAGAUAGGCGUGGUUGAUGAUUUUCUGCGUGUGUGUGUUUGUGUGUGUGUGUGUGUCCUCCCAGUAGACUACUGUAGUAAACAGAGAGCGAGCCUCUCCGCUCUGUCACGUUCAUUCGAUCCCGCCGGUCUGCUGUUUUAACCCCGAAUGUCAAGAUUAUUUUGAAACUCUCUGAGACACGCACACACUCAUCUGAGGGACUACAGAGCAAGCUCGAUCCAGGCUGGGACUACAACUUUCACCACCUGCUGUCUGUUGGAGAUAUUGAUUGGUUCUUCUGCUGAAAGUCAAAGGGGUUGUCUAUCCUGGGAAGUGGAGUUUUCUAUGCUAUGGAUAGGAAGGCUGGUUGCGUCACAGUCCAGCCAAGAUUGCCCGAGACAGCAGUCGGUAUACUUGACUUUGUUAGAGCAGAAAGAGACCAGCUGCUGGUUUGCCACCACCCAGACUGCCAAGACCUGAAUAACAAAGGCCCCCUUCACCUGUGCGAGUCAUGUGACUCACGCAGCCACUCGGAGAACACAGACAACAUGCACUUUGACCGGCACCCCCGAUUUGACUUACAACCUCAAGCCUCCAUCCUGGCUCGAAACGUGUCCACGCGCUCCUGUCCCCCGCGCACCAGCCCCCCCUCCGACCUGGAGGAAGAGGAUCAGGGGAACAGUGACCGCGGGGACCGUAAAACAGGGGGGCUGAAGUUGGUGAAAAAGAAGACACGGAGACGACACACUGACGACCCCAGUAAGGAGUGCUUCAGUCUUAAGUUUGAUCUCAACGUGGACAUAAACACAGAAAUUGUACCUGCAAUGAAAAAGAGAACUCUGAGAGAGGUGCUAGGUCCAGUGUUUGAGAGGAAUGGCAUCGAGCUGUCCCGGGUUGACUUGUUCCUGGAUCAGUCCAACACACCGCUGUCCCUCAACUUUGAGGCCUACCGUUUUGGAGGACACUACCUCAAAGUGAAAGCUCGGCUAGGUGACGAGCUGAAGGUGGAGCAGGGUGUGAAGGACUUGCGAUCGCUUAGUCUGCCCAACAUGAAGCCCUCUGGAGGUCUGAGCCCCUACAUCCUCACGCCAGCCAGCGAGAGGGCGGAGCAUGGAUCUCUGGGACGCAAAGAAAGCGUGGAUCUGUUGGGUCAGGCUCGACGGAGGAAGAACAUGACUGAGUUCCUGGGAGAAACGAAUAUUCCUACCCCGGAUGCUCUGGUACAGCCCGGUGGCUCUCUGCCCGGCAUCGGGGCCGACAGCUGGAAGAACCGCGCUGCAAGUCGCUUCAGCGGCUUCUUCAGCUCCAACGCCGGAGCGGGGCCCUUUGGCAAGGAGGCGGAUCGUCUGGAGCAGCUCCAGAGCAAGCUCCACUCCUACAUGUUGUUCGGGCUGCCCAAGGUGCCGCAGCAGCUCUCCUUCCACCAGGACUCCUGGGAGGAGGAGGAGGAAGAGACCAACCUGGCCCUGGAGGACAGCUGGCAGAUGUUACUGGACAACUCGGAGACAUUGACAAGGCGACAGUUCCACCAGCAGGAGGCGAUAUGGGAGCUGCUUCAUACCGAGGCCACCUACAUAAAGAAACUCCGAGUCAUCACUGAUCUGUUCCUGUGUGGGCUGCUGAACCUGCAGGAAAGCGGUCUGCUGACCGAGGUGGAGCCCGCCAAGCUGUUCAGUAACAUCCAGGAGAUUGUCCGACUCCACACGUCCCUGUGGAACCAGGUCAUGCUGCCGGUCCUGGAGAAGGCCAGGCAGGCCCGGGCUCUGCUCGACCCCACCGACCUUCACCACGGUUUCAGGACGUUUGGCUCCAGGUUCCAGCCCUACAUCCGUUACUGCAUGGAGGAGGAGGGCUGCAUGGAGAACAUGCGGACGCUCCUCAGGGACAAUGAGCUCUUCAGGACCUACGUCACGUGGGUAGAGACCCAUAAGCAGUGUAACCGCCUGAAGCUGCCGGACAUGUUGGCCAAGCCUCACCAGCGACUGACCAAAUAUCCACUCCUACUGAAGAGAGUUCUCAAGAAGACGGACGAGCUGUCGGCCCGGGACAUCGUCAACAGCAUGGUGGCUGCUGUCGAGGGCUUCAUCAACAGCGUGGAGUCUCAAAUGCGACAGCGUCAGGAACAACAGAAGCUGGCCACCAUUUCUGCUCGUAUAGACUCCUACGAGGCUGUAGAGGGCAGCAGUGAAGAAGUGGAGAAGAUCCUCAAGGAGUACAACCGCUUCGACCUCAUGGCUCCCAUGAGAGGAAUUUCACCGGAGGAGACUCGACAGCUGCAUCUUGAGGGAGCUCUGAGGAUGAAAGAGGGGAAAGACAGUCGGAUGGAAGUCUAUUGUGUCCUGUUCACCGACCUGCUGCUAAUCACCAAGCCAGGGAAAAGAGUUGAGAAAGUCAAAAUCAUCCGCCAGCCUCUCCUCAUUCACAACGUCGUCUGUAAGGAACUCAAAGACCCCGGCUCAUUCAUCCUAAUCUACCUCAAUGAGUUCAAAAGUGCAGUGGCAGCCUACACUUUCCAAGCCAACAGCGCCACCCAAGGGCGAAGCUGGAUCGAUGCAAUCUGCAAUGUCCAGAACCAGCUCCAGAGGCUUCGCACUGAGGAGGUCCUCCGGCAGCAGAACAGAAUGAAGAGACGUACACAGGGUGAAGAAGAAGAUGAGGAGGAAGAUGAGAGCAGCAACUCUACCACAAGUUCCCCAUGCCUUAGGCACAAAGAGCAGCAGAACUCGAGCCAAUCAGAUGGUUCUACUGAGACCCUGUCAGUGAUGGACAUUGAUCACCCAGGUGAACACCAAGAGCUUCCUUCCCCAAACAUGAACCUCCAGGGAACCAGUAAAAAAGACUCUGAUGUGUCGCUCACGUCUGAGGUCCAGCAGUCACAUUCCAAGAGCCCCCACAGAGUUCACUCUGGUGUUUAUUCUGAGCACAAUCAGGAGACGGGGCCUGACGGCACGGAGCUGGACCCUCAGUGUCGCUCUCUCUCCAUGGACAGCGCCUAUGGUACCCUCUCUCCUGAAUCCCUCAUGAGAGAACUUCUGCCUCAACCGGGCCAAAGUGAAGGAGAAGAGGAGGAGGAGGAGGAGGAGGAGGAGGAGGGAGAACGGGAGGUUGCGGAGACGGAGCAGGAAGAGACAGUAUUCGAGGAAGAGGAGGAAGAGGGGGAGGAGGAGGAUUCUGCCUCACUGGGGUCCCAGCUGUCGGUAGUCCAGGCCUCUAAACCUCGCCGGCGGCCUCAUGUUCAGUCACGACUCCACUGCCUCCAGAGGUUUUCCAGUAUGGCUUUAUCCCGCUCUGAGGACAAUCUCCUGCAGCGCCUCCAUGGUAAAAUGCCCGUAUACCACACACACACACACAGCUCCAAGGCGCAGGACCAAUCACAAUGCAGGGACAUGGACACAUCACCACUGGCACACAGUAAAAGCCUGACAGAGUUAGGCCAAACCUGCUUGGAGCUGUUUUCCAGUGACCUCGACCAGUCUGACGACUGCUUGAGCAUGCCCACUGACAAACUCUGUGCCACCCUGAGGAGGGCGGAGGCCAAGCGUGGCCACGCAGCGCCCGCCAGACAAAGUGAGGGCGACGAGUCCCAAAGCAACAGCUCAGACGGGGAAACGGCUCCAUCUGCCUGCGUAGAAAGGAAAAACGAGUCCACAGCCACCGGUGAUUCGGGGGAGAUGUCACUUAAAAAGAAGAAAUCACCGGCCCAGCAGCACAAGAAGCUGACGCUUGCUCAGCUGUAUAGGAUCCGCACCACUCUUGUCCUCAACUCUACACUCACUGCAUCGGAAGUAUAACCACUCUUUCACACAUAUGACCUUUGACAUGUGGGCAUAAUAAGGAAUAACACUUGUUUUGCUUCGAUGGACUGAAUUUCUUGUGACACAAAUGCACUCUCUCUUUUGCUGCCCUCUCCCUUCUGGUUGCUUUUUGGACACUGGUAGUACCAUUUUCUUUCACGACAACAUUUUUUUCUUUGCUGUUGCAUUGGUUUUCCGAAUUUCUUGAGUGGAAGGGAGAGGCAGAGAGACAAUAACUGCUUGCACUUUGCAACGGAAGUAGAAUUAUAGGGGCUGGGACGUUAAGGUGGACUGGGGGAUUGUGCAUCUUCUCAGUCACGAGAGUCAACGAGAGGAAAACUUAAGUCUUCAAAAAUGCUCUCUACACGUGGCUCAAAAGAACCUGCACCUACGACAUCUGCCUAAUAUUUAUACUACUCCUGGUUUGCUUUAACAAAAAACAGAAAAUUGCACAGCUAUAUAUGUUAAGUAGAAGAAUCACUAAAGAGUGAAUUUACAAUUACAGUCACACAAUGAAUUAGAACUUAUUGUUUGCUGUCUGUGUCUGCUUGGGUGUGUGCGUGCGUGCGCGUGUGUGUGUGUGUGUGUGUGUGUGUGUGUGUGUGUGUGUGUGUGUGUGUGCGUGUGUGUGUGUGUGUGUGCGAGCGAGCGAGAGAAUGUGUGAAUGAUCGUCUUGUGUUCGAAUGAUCACACGGUCCUCGAUUCCUGACUGAACCAUAACUGAUUCCCAUCUCCUGUGAAUAUGCUAACACACCCAAAGAUGGAAGUAGCCAGUAGAUUACCAACAACCAGAGAGGUUGUCCAACACAGCCAUCAUCUGAUUUCUCAGAUGGACUUCUUCUGUUUUGGUAUGUUGAACUAAUGAGAGUUGAGUUCCUGAAAAGAAAAAGACUUUGACUGAAGAAGCACAAGCAACAAUGCGGUGAUAUGAAAAACACAAAAAGAUGUCUACACUAACUGUAGUACUGCCUGUGCACACGAAUGAGAACAAAGGUAUGGGUUCAAUAUUCUGUCAUGAGUGAGUCAGAGGAACACCGCUUUUUCCAGGAGAUUCACUCAACAUUCACACUGAUGGACAACUUUUCAGAUCGGUGAUUAAUAACCUUGUUCCAAACAUCGCCCAAACCAAAUAGGUUAACUCUGUUUACUUUUAGUUUAGUUUUUUUGUUAAUGUGUAAUAUUUAUUAUGCUUGCUAUGUUUUAUAUAUAAGAUAUUGUUUAUAUUGUUUGCUUCAAUGAUUUGUACAUUUGUUUUGUUGAUGUAGUCUUAAUAUUUUUUUCUUGCCAGGCAUGACUGUGCUAUGAACCAAAAUGAUGUGUUUCCUCUUUCAGGAAUAAUGUUAAAGUGUCUUACAGAAUAAAAAUGCUAAAAUACUUUAUCCCUCUUUUAAUGGUUUAAUCCAUUGUAAUGGAGUGAUUUGAGGGGAAAAGCUGAUUCUGAAUGGCAUUAAGCAUUAAAACUACAUGAACUGGUUGAACUG